AUGCGGAACACUGCUGCUCGAGUCGCCCUUGCGGCGGUGUACCUCGCGGCGCUUGCGACUGCGCGCGCGCAUGGCGACCAUGAAUCGAUGGACAUGGACACAAAUAUGAACAUGGACAUGCAGGCGACUGCCACUAGUUCGCAUGUCACUGCAUCUCCCACGGUGUCGGGCCACCCGAAUGGUGCCAUGAGCUAUUUUGCCUAUGGGAAACAUUCCAGUUCCAUCCUGGCGCAUAUUAUUCUGAUGGUGCUGGGCUGGUGCUUCGUUCUUCCUGCAGCGGUCAUGCUCAGUAUUGCGCGCUCCCGAUUGGCCCUUCCGUCGCAAUUCUUGUUCGCUGUCCUCAAUGGCUUCGGUGUGCUUCUCGGCAUCGUGUAUAAUAACCAGACUCCCGAUCUUUACAAAAACAAUGCGCACCACAAGAUUGGUUGGAUUGGUACCUGCGUGGUCGGUGUCCAGGUCAUCCUGGCUCUCAUUUUCACCUAUGCGGGACGUGGUGAAUCCAAAUCGUCGUCUUAUGAGCGCGCAAGCUUCCUGCCCAUUCCAUCGCAUCAAGAGCGCUCGUUCCAGUCUGCCCCGUUGCAUGAAUACCGCUGGUCUGGGGAUAGCGGUCAGGGGAGUGAGCCUAGCUCGUCGAUUCACAGCCCGGGAUCUCCGUGCGAUUGUCCUACAGAUUAUGAUGGAUUCGAAAAGCCCGAGGAACCCUUGCCUGCCCACCUCGCCAGAAAAGGCUGGUUCCAUCGUAGUGUCAUGGAUCGUUUCCUAUCAAAACGCCUGCCAGGAAUGGUGUCCAACCGAGUGCUCCGGAUCUGCAAUGUGAUAUAUAACGUUACUGACCGGAUAAUCCUACCAUUCGGAUUUGUUGCUAUCACGACGGGUGCUGUGGCCUAUGGUGGUAUUAUGAGACACAGAGAGAUCUUCAAUGGCCUGGCCCAUUUCAUCAAAGGUGGGAUUUUCUUCUGGUACGGAAUCCUCACACUUGGACGAUAUGUGGGUUGUUGGGCCGACCUGGGCUGGGCGUGGAACAAGAAGCCGAUGUCGCCCAUAGUCAGCCGAUGGAAAGCCAAGAUCCCAUCCGCAGAAUUUGUCGAGUGUCUAGUUAUAUUCACUUAUGGCGUCUCCAAUGUUUUCUUGGAGCAUCUUUCAAACUGGGGUAAACCCUGGAGCGCGACGGAUUUGGAGCAUGUUUCCAUCUCGAUCAUGUUCUUUGGAGGCGGCCUGGUAGGAAUGCUGUUUGAAUCUUCGCGCAUUCGCGAAGCGCUGAACAACACCGUCCUCGCAUCCCCCGCGCACGGUACUCGUGACGAGGGCUGGCACCUUCCGAAGUCUCAGGGCGUGUCUCUAAACCCGAUGCCUGCUCUCAUUAUCCUACUUCUAGGUAUGAUGAUGGGGUCACACCAUCAAACUAGCAUGACCUCUACUAUGGUGCACAAGCAGUGGGGCAACAUGCUCGUUGGUUUUGCCCUCGCCCGCGGUAUGACUUGCGUGCUACUUUUCCUGCGUCCACCCACAUCCUAUCUCCCGGCACGUCCACCGACGGAGAUCAUUGCCUCAUUCUGCUUGAUGUCAGGAGGUCUCAUUUUCAUGCUCAGUACACGAAACGUGAUCGAAGCCAUGGAAUUUUACGACAUGGAUGCGAUGUUCACCUUCACAGUCGGCAUGGGUUUCACGGCUUUGAUAAUGGCCCUCGAAAUAUCCGUCAUCGCGCUCAAGGCGUGGGCUGUAAAGCGAGAGCAGCGGGAACAAGUCACGUAUCGCUUCUCAUGA